AUGGCCAUAUAUCCAGAACCCAGGGUGAGCCCAGUCUCGAAAAAGCGUCCGGCAAGCUCAGAAGUUUGCGCUGCGGAUGUGACGGCAAUGUAUCCGAAAGACUACGACAGAGGGAUCGCCAUCAGGACUUCUUGCGCAGCAUCGAAAUACAUCAAGAAGAGUACUCCCGAAGACUGCGCAGCGUGCCCCCCAUUGACAAGCGACGCAUCAAUCAGCGCUACGGAAGGACGUUCGUUGUUCCCAGAUCCAGAAGAUCCGCGAACACCCGAGGCAUUCUCAGAAGGCUUGAAGCGCCGUCGUCGUCCGACGGAGAAACUAUAUCUCGACAUUGCGCAGUCAAUACCAGGACUGAAUGGGCCAAGAUCUCUGCGACAAACAGAGCUGAUGUCACAAGAUGAGUUCACAGCAGAAAUCAAAGGUAUCUAUGCUGCAUUAGUUAUGGUCGAAGCGAAAUGCAUCAAGCUGGAUAAUGCACAUGUGAGCGCGAGUGGGAACCUUUCUUUUGAUCAAUGGCAGGCACUAUUUGCAGUGCAUCGAACUUUGCUAUACGAACACCAUGACUUUUUGUCUGCGUCGCAGCACCCCUCAACCAGUUCCUCUCUACGAAAGCUGGCCACCAAAUAUUCUAUGCCGGCCCGAAUGUGGAAGCAUGGUAUCCAUUCGUUUCUGGAAGUACUACGACGUCGUCUGCCAGAUUCGCUUGACUACAUGCUUCAGUUCAUCUAUGUGGCUUAUCAAACGGUCGCUUUGCUCUAUGAAACAGUCCCGUCAUUCGAAGAUACUUGGAUCGAAUGCCUCGGAGACUUGGCGCGGUACAGAAUGGCGGUUGAAGAGUUAGACAUGAGAGAUCGUGAAAUAUGGGGCGGUGUGGCUCGUGAUUGGUAUUCAAAGACGUCAAACAGGAAUCCAGAUGUGGGCAGACUGUACCAUCACUUGGGCAUACUGGCGCGACCGAACGUGAUCCAGCAAGCAUACUUUUAUUGCCGAGCGUUGACCUGUGUUCAGCCGUUCGAGUCUGCCAUGGAGUCUCUUUCUUCGUUGUUAUCACCACUGGCGAAGGUCGAGCCCGAACGGGCAGUGAUACCGUAUGUGGACGGAACAGAUUCCAUGUUCCUUUGUCUGCAUGCGAAGAUGCUGGCUUCAAGACCUCGAGCUUGUGGGCCGCAGCUAUCUGUCGUUGUCUCUACAUAUCACCUACGACUCGACACCCAAAUUCGUCGACACGCACUCAAGUGGAAAGAUCAUGGCGUCUUUAUUGCCGUUACUAACAUCUCAGCGUGUUUUGGCUAUGGCUACUUUGAGAGUCAUUUAUCAAAAGCUUACAGAAAAGGGAUACAGGUAAUGGAGACAGUCGAUAUACACUUGAAUCCUUCGGCUGAGACGCAUCUGCAACAGGAUUCUGGAAAACCAAUAACUGAUUCUACACUGGAUGACUCCCUCUACCUCCUUUCAAACACAUUCGCACUGGUUCUAUCGCGAGAAAAAGACUUCAACGUCCUCCCUCAUGUACAUACCAUCUUGGCUUUUCUCUGGAGCAUCUACAACCUGGCGGUCGGACCAGCCGCCCUGGUUUCAAAAGUACUGAAUUGCAUUCCCUGGGCGAAGAUUGUCGCCUACCUAAACAGUUUCAUCAAGACCGAACCUAUCGACGACCGAGUCGCGGAUGCAGGUCGAAGAGGUAGCUUCCUGCAAGGUGCUAUAAAGCCAUUGCCUGAAGACUACCUGCUGCGUGGCUUGGUGUGGUGUCGGGAUUAUUUCGUGUCUGGCUGGUUUGACGAGAGACACGACGAGGAAACUCGUCUUCUUGAGCUUCCCAGUACCAACAAGGUGAGGAUCGAUAGGGUGAUGCGAUUGAGCAUUUGCUUGUCACAGAAAGGAAACUUCAUCUCAUUUGAUCAUUCCAGAAAGGAGUUUCUUACGCUCAGUCAUUGA